AUGUCCUUCCACCCUCAGACUCCGCAAAGUCCCUCCCAGUUCUCUCCCAGCACGAGCGACCUGACGAUGAGCAUGACUGGAACCGUGCCAUCGACCACGACCACGCUACCGACCCCGGCCCACAGCGUCAACGGUAGCUCGCUCCCGUCGGAAAUGACACAGGAUCUCGUCAUGGGAGAGGACUCCCCGCACAAGCGCAAGCGAGCAAUCGACGAUGUUGGUGACCGCGAGCAGAAGAAAGUCGAUGUCGAGGGCCGCAAACUGGGUAUUGAUGACCUCCACUUGGAUGUGGGCGAAAAAUACCUCCUUUGCAGAACUCCGCGCCCUCUGCCUCGACCUAAUGUGUCGGAAGAUCUUUUCGAGAUGUAUGGCCUGACCGGAAUCGCUGCUGAAGUUGCUCGUGUGCUCCCAAAUGGAGAGAAGAACGCGAUUCGAAAGACUUAUAAGGGUCACAUCAAGAAGCUUGGCGUGCAGGGCCACUUUGACUCGGUCAAGCAAGACGCUAUGCGGCAAGACGGGCUCCUAGGGCUCAUGAAGUGCCCGGAAGAUGUGUGGGACGCUCAGUUUUUGCGAGGCAAGGAUCUUCGCCAGGGCUUCCAGAACGAGGUGAAGCAGAAACUGUUGAGGGCUACAACAAUGGGCAAAGGCUUCGUGGCCAAGACACUGUGGGAUAGCUCGGUUCUAGGGGAUCUGGCCCCCGGAAGAGGCGACAAGCAGACCUCGUCGGCGCGGCCUACCGCACCCAGCACCCCACUCGCAUCUGCCGGUUUCCAACCCAUGCAGCGAGCCAAGGUCGGCACUCCGAUUGCACAGGAUGCGGCUAGAGCCAAGCGCAACAUCAAGAAACGGAGCUACGGUGACAGCAGCUUCGAGGGCUACGGCGAGGGUUUCCCCGAUGAUGACCUUGGCGCCGAGACUGGAUACUCGACCGGGGAGGGCGAGAUGGUCUCGGGCCAGAAGCGGAGAAAAAAGGUGCUCAUCAACAGUUACGAUCCUGUCUGA